UCGGCCUGUUUGCUCUCCGUUCUCUAUGGUGUAACAGUCACCACGGGACCAGAACCUCUGGACACGAGCCCCAGCAGCUCGCACGCAUGCGCACUGGCGUCCUGGCGGCCAGCGGGGCGCAGCGCUGCCGUGGCUCAGUGCGCCUCGAGCAGCCAGAGCGCGCGGUUACAAUGAGCGUCUCCAUCGGUCCGACUGAGAGCCAGCGUCAGAACCGAGCGCCGAGCAGCAGUCACAACGCGAGCCAGCCCGACCGACACCAGGUCCGCCCGCCCGCAGCAGGAUGCCCGGGGGAAAGCGAGGGCUGGUGGCACCGCAGAACACUUUCCUGGAGAACAUCGUCCGGCGUUCCAGUGAGACCAGCUUCCUCCUGGGAAACGCUCAGAUCGUGGAGUGGCCUGUAGUUUACAGCAAUGACGGCUUCUGCAAACUGUCCGGCUUCCACCGGGCUGAGGUCAUGCAGAAGAGCAGCACCUGCAGUUUCAUGUACGGAGAGUUGACGGACAAGAAGACCAUCGACAAAGUCCGGCAGACGUUCGACAACUACGAGUCCAACUGCUUUGAAAUCCUGCUGUACAGAAAGAACAGGAGUCCAGUGUGGUUCUACAUGCAGGUUGCUCCCAUCAGGAACGAGAACGACAAGGUGGUUCUGUUUCUCUGCACCUUUAAGGACAUCACGCUUUUCAAGCAGCCCAUUGAGGAUGAAACCACCAAAGGAUGGACCAAGUUUGCUCGCCUGACGCGGGCGCUGACCAACAACCGCAACACGUUGCAGCAGCUGGCGCCGAUCGGCAAACAUGAAGUCAGCCACAAGCAGUCGCGUCUGGCAGAGGUUUUGCAGCUGAACUCUGACAUCCUCCCUCAGUACAAGCAGGAGGCGCCCAAGACGCCUCCUCACAUCAUCCUUCACUACUGCACCUUCAAGACCACGUGGGACUGGGUCAUCCUCAUCCUGACGUUCUACACGGCCAUCAUGGUUCCCUACAACGUCUCCUUCAAGACCAAGCAGAACAACAUCGUGUGGCUGGUGCUGGACAGCGUGGUGGACGUCAUUUUCCUGGUGGACAUCGUCCUCAACUUCCACACCACCUUCGUGGGUCCGGGCGGAGAGGUGAUCUCUGACCCCAAACUCAUCCGCAUGAACUACCUGAAGACCUGGUUUGUGAUCGACCUGCUGUCCUGCCUGCCCUACGACAUCAUCAACGCCUUCGAGAACGUGGACGAGGGCAUCAGCAGCCUGUUCAGCUCUCUGAAGGUCGUCCGCCUGCUGCGUCUGGGCCGAGUGGCCAGGAAGCUGGACCACUACCUGGAGUACGGCGCCGCGGUCCUGGUCCUGCUGGUCUGUGUGUUUGGACUGGUGGCCCACUGGCUCGCCUGCAUCUGGUACAGCAUCGGCGACUAUGAGGUCAUCGACGAGGCCACCAACACCAUCAAGAUGGACAGCUGGCUGUACCAGCUGGCCAUCAGCAUCGGGUCCCCGUACCGCUACAACGCCAGCGGGUCGGGCCGGUGGGAGGGCGGUCCGGGCAAGGACUCGCUCUACAUCACCUCGCUGUACUUCACCAUGACCAGCCUGACCACCAUCGGCUUCGGAAACAUCGCCCCCACCACAGACGGGGAGAAGAUCUUCUCUGUGGCCAUGAUGAUGGUGGGAUCGCUGCUCUACGCCACCAUCUUUGGAAACGUCACCACCAUCUUCCAGCAGAUGUACGCGAACACCAACCGCUACCACGAGAUGCUCAACAACGUCAGGGACUUCCUGAAGCUCUACCAGGUUCCCAAGGGCCUGAGCGAGCGGGUGAUGGACUACAUCGUCUCCACCUGGUCCAUGUCCAAAGGCAUCGACACGGAGAAGGUCUUAUCCAUCUGUCCCAAGGAUAUGCGGGCCGACAUCUGCGUGCACCUCAACAGGAAGGUCUUCAACGAGCACCCGGCCUUCAGGCUGGCCAGCGACGGCUGCCUGCGCUCGCUGGCCGUGGAGUUCCAGACCAUCCACUGCGCCCCCGGAGACCUGAUCUUCCACGCAGGCGAGAGCGUGGACACGCUUUGCUUCGUGGUGUCGGGAUCACUGGAAGUGAUCCAGGACGACGAGGUCAUCGCCAUCCUAGGUAAAGGCGACGUGUUCGGCGACGUCUUCUGGAAGGAGACCACGCUAGCGCACGCGUGCGCUAACGUCCGCGCGCUGACCUACUGCGACCUCCACGUCAUCAGGAGGGAAGCUCUGCUCAAGGUCCUGGAGUUUUACACGGCCUUCGCCAACUCCUUCUCCCGCAACCUCAUCCUCACCUGUAACCUGCGCAAGCGGAUAAUUUUCCGCAAGAUUAGCGAGGUGAAGAAGGAGGAGGAGGAGCGUCAGCGGGCCAAGAACGAGGUGCAGCUCACCAUCCCUCAGGACCAUCCGGUCCGGAAGCUGUUCCAGAAGUUCAAGCAGCAGAAGGAGCUCCGCAACCAGGGCGCCGGCGCCGGCACCGCCGCCCAGCUGGACCUGGAGAAGAACCAGCUGCAGGUGGAGCACCACCUCCACCCGCGCAGCCUGCAGCUGGGCCACUCCAGCCUGCAGCACUCGCUGCCGCUCAGCUCGCUGCAGAACGGGACGCCGCCCAGCAGCGGCGUGCUGACCGUGUCCCAGGUCACGCCCAUGCAGGGCUCGCUGGCCUACAGCCACGCCGGCGAGCCGCCCGCCAAGCACGCCCACUGCGACGUCAUGGAGCUGCAGCCCAGCGCCGCCGGAGCGGCGGGCCAGCAGGCGGUCCGGCUCAAGGUCAGCACCAGCCCGGCCCUGGGGAAGCCGGGCCCCAAGGCCAGCGGCUGGACGCGCCUCAAGAACAACAACGGGAGGGAGGGGCUGAACAACGUGAAGGCGCUGUCUGUGGAGCUGCUGUCUCAGGAGGUCAAAGGUCAGGACGCGGGAGGGAGCAGGGACGUGGAGGAGGGCGGCGUGUCGGCCAACAACCCCCUCCGCAAGACGGACUCCUGCGACAGCGGCAUCACCAAGAGCGAGCUGCGCAUCGACCGGGCUGGCGAGGCCAGAACCCCGGCCGCCGCCACGCCCCUGCUCCACAGCCCCCUCCCCCACAGCCCGCUGCCCGGCGCCCACGAGCAGGCCGUGCAGGCCGCGCUGCAGGAGACCCGCCUGGAGCUGCGGGCCGACCUGCACAGCCUGGGCGGCCGCCUGGGGGCGCUGGAGGGCCAGGUGGCCCAGAUCAUCCAGCUGCUGGAGCACAAGAGGCGCCCGUCGGCCGAGGCGCCCGCCGCCCCCGCCCCGAAGACCAAAGUCCAGCGCCAGGACAUCUUCACCGUUUCCAGGCCGGUUUCUCCAGACUCGGAGAAGGACGACGGGCUCUGAAGAGAGCUCAGCCAGUGGUGCGGGCGGGUCCAGUCCCACCACUGGUCCAAACGUUUGCACAGACGUGGUCUUCAGGUCCUGAGCGCUCAGAGCCUGGAGCCGUCUCUGGUUGUAUAUACCUCUAUGCAUGUCCAGCUGGAUUCUGGCCUGCCAAAGAAACUCCUCCACGGACUUCUUGCCUGUACAUUAUGCAGUUGACUGCAUGCAUAUUGAAUUGAAAUGAGCCACACUGUACAUAUGAGUAUUUUUCAUGGCUAGUUUACUAUGUGGACAUUCAGGGUUUGCAUACUGGUAGCACUACAACACUGAAACAAAGAUCUGUGCAUGGACGCAUUCAAGCAAAGGGCCGUGUUCUUGUCUUUGCCUGUGAUGAAGCAGACGUUCUGUUCUGUCCCUGAACACGAGGGCAUUUUGUGGUUUGAGGUAAACAGUUUUUAUAUGGGUUGAUGAUUUUUGCUUCAUAUGAUGAUUUCUAUUUUUGACUAUGGAAACGUCCUGGUUCUGGUGUGGUUAUUUUGUUAGACUCCUCCUUGUGUCUAUGCAUCGCUCGGGUACGUUGCUACAAAGAAUCUGAAUGUUGCACCUCUGUUGCCGCUGAUGAAGGAAGCUGAUUUUUCUUGUUCCGUUCCUUUGCAUGAAUCAGGAACGGCCGAAUGCACUUGGGUGAAGCUGGGCGUCGGGAAGCGUUCAGGGGAAAUAAUUCAGAGUUUAGCUCACAUUAAAGUCCACUCAGCACCGCGACACGUAAUCCCACGGUCCAGAACCACACACAGCAUCAGCCACACUAAUGGAGACGGGAACAGUGCACGAGGAGCAGCUUUGUGCUGCAGGCGCCAUGUAUGCCUUACAUGAGUUAAUGUGAGGCGACGCGGCGAGGAUGAGGCGCUGCCAUUCUCACCCCGCAGGUUCUGACACUCAGUUUAAUAACGAGGAAGCACGUGGAGCCGCGGCGUCGCUGGUGCUAGAUUUGUAGCGGUUCAAGAAUCCACGUUAAGGAUUCAUUCUGACUGGACUGAGAGGCUGGAUUUACCAGAGCAAGUCUUGUGUUUAAAAGGGAGACGAAGGCGGACCUGCAUGAGGCCCCUGGUACCCAAUGACUGCUCUGCAUUUAGCAUGCUCUCCAUUCAAGCAUCUCAGUUGCAGUUCGUUCGAUUAAAAAGAAACGCUUGUACGCUGAAACCAGCAUGUGUCGCUGGGCUGAAACCCAUGGUCACAUUCAGGGUCCAGUACCUCCAGGCAGUCCUCGUUCCCCUCGCGGGUCGGGCUCAUCCUCUGCCGCUGCUGGGAGCUCUGCGUUCUCACUCGCUCCCUCUCGGCCACUGAGCAGAUCCCCUGCCAGUCUCAGGGGUAAGUGCCUUGCUCAGGGGCACCUUGGCAGACCGAUAAGCGGGCCGAGCCCAGCGCACCCUGUCCCUGACACCGAACGUCACUCAAAGCUAUGCAACAAGUGAUUCUCCUGCAGCUGCAAAGAGCCCGAGUUUGACACUUCUGUCAUUUAUAGCGUCAAUAAACAAGGAUUCGUUGAACUUGAGGGUGAGGCUUCGUUUGCAUGUAGUCCAUCAAAAAUCAGAUAUUUCCUGUGUAUCCAUUGACCCAACGUGACAUCUGAGCUCAGAACCAGCAACAUAAACCAAGACCGACUCUGUCCCACUCAAAU